CCCCCCUUCCCCCUCGCCUCUUCUCCACACACGGCUUCCUCUCCUCCCCCCGCUCCUCCCCCAUCACCACCAGUCACCGCCACCACCACCACUCCUCUUCCGACUCGCGCAGCCGCGGACCGAGGCGCCCGCGCGAGCCCUAGCUGGCGGCGGGAGGCGGGGGCGGCGCGGCGAUGACGCGGCGGUGCUCUCACUGCAGCCACAACGGGCACAACUCGCGCACGUGCCCCAACCGCGGGGUCAAGAUCUUCGGGGUGCGCCUCACCGAUGGCUCGGCCAUCCGCAAGAGCGCGAGCAUGGGGAACCUCUCCCUCCUCUCCGCCGGAUCCACCAGCGGCGGCGCCUCCCCCGCCGACGGGCCCGACCUCGCCGACGGCGGCGGGGGCUACGCAUCCGACGAUUUCGUCCAGGGGUCCUCCUCCGCCAGCCGCGAGCGCAAGAAGGGUGUUCCUUGGACUGAAGAAGAACACCGGAGGUUUUUGCUGGGAUUACAAAAGCUUGGAAAAGGUGAUUGGCGAGGAAUUUCUCGUAAUUUUGUGGUCUCAAGGACACCCACUCAAGUAGCAAGUCACGCUCAAAAAUAUUUUAUACGCCAAUCAAAUAUGAGCAGAAGGAAGAGAAGGUCUAGCCUUUUUGACAUGGUGCCUGAUGAGUCAAUGGACCUUCCACCCCUUCCUGGGAGUCAAGAACCAGAGGCCUCAGUAUUAAAUCAACCACCGUUGCCACCACCUGUGGAGGAGGAGGUAGAAUCGAUGGAGUCAGAUACUUCUGCUGUUGCAGAAAGUUCCACAGCUUCUGCUCUCAUGCCAGAGAAUCUGCACCCAAGCUAUCCGGUGAUUCUUCCAGCUUAUUUCUCACCGUUCUUGCAAUUCUCAGUUCCGUUCUGGCCAAACCAGAAAGAUGGAGAUGAUCUGCCACAAGAAACGCAUGAGAUUGUCAAGCCUGUUGCAGUUCAUUCCAAGAAUCCAAUUAACGUUGAUGAGCUUGUGGGCAUGUCGAAGCUAAGCAUAGGGGAAACUGGUCAGGAGACAGUAUCAACUUCUCUUUCGUUAAAUCUGCUAGGGGAUCAAAAUAGACAAUCAGCUUUCCAUGCAAAUCCUCAAACGAGGGCUCAGGCCUGAUCUUCAUCACACAAAACUGCAUUAGAUGAAACCCUGGCAAAAUAAGCUUUGCCUCCUUGUUUUUUUUUAAAUAUUUAAGAUUAACCGUCUCUGUAGCUUGUAUCAUGUGCUGUAAGUUAUGCUAUGUAUGAAUGUAUCUGUUGUUUCUCUGGCACGCAUGAUAUCACACUAUAUGUUAACAAAGUCAUUAAUGUUAGUGCUGAUCUUGAUGGUUGUAAUGUUGUAAACUUUUUGUAAGAAGAAAGUGUUAGUCAGUUCUGUGGGCGCA